UAAAGUGAAUUAGAAGCUGUGAUCCUUUUUUUUUUCUUGGCUGUCGCUGUCUUGGAGCCAGCUCUUUGCUACCUGCUUGGACAAAUUGACAUGUUAGAGAAGGUGCCAGCUAUUGGCAGCAAGGAUUGUUGUUUUGAUGUCACUGAGCCAAAAUAUACUAUCUGAUGUUGUCUGAAUGUAUUCCAUAGGGCAACUUUAUUCAGUACGCUGUCUGUUCAUUUAUAUAUUAAGCAUAUGGUUAACUAUAUUCAAACGUGGCUAUUUUAACAGAAGAAUAGUUCUGUCAUAUUGUUUCUGACACUUUCUCCUGCCCCUAUCAGCAGACUAUUUUGCUGCUUCCUUUCCGUUGAUUUUACACAAUUAACUGUUACUCCUGCUCUGACUGGAUGCCCCCUCACUCCUCUUGCUGUCACUUUCCUGUCCUUCCACAGCUCUCUAACGUGAGAACAUUUACAGAGAAACAAGAUAUAUAUUUGCUGAAGUAUUUCAACAUUUUCUGAAUGGUAAACAAAACUUUUCUCCAUACCAGGGCUGUAGAGUCCAGUCAUACAGCCUGUUUUCUGUCCUCUUAAUGGUAAAAACUCAACUGUGUAUUCAAUAACCCUGUCAGUAGCAGUACAUGGUGUAGACAUUGCAAUUGUUUAACUGGUUCUGAAUGGUACAGGAGUUUUACUUGAGACAAUAACUAGUGUGCCUUUUUAGUGUUUAUCAUUUCUAACUGUAGCUUUGCAAUGCCAAACAUAAGCUGUUUACUUUACUCUAACUUGCUUCAGUUUACUUUGAAUGGAACAUACAGAAACGACAUGAUCAUAGAUCAUUAUUGACUCUCUCUUCUCCUUGUUGCAUAUUUUUCACCUGAUGUAGUCAUGUUUAACUAGAACUAAUGGCAGGGAAUUUUAUGUUAAGAAGUCAUCCGUCAGAAGGUUUAUUUUCUUCCGGUCUCUGUUAUAUUUAUGUCUUGCUGGUUAGCUUAAUUUUUCCACUGCUUAAACUUCCUAGUGAAAUGUCAAAUGUUGUGUGAAUAUUCCGGUUUGGCUGAUUUCUGAGGCUGUGCCUUUAAAGCACCGGAUCUGGAUUUCCCAUUACCACCCACAUAAACACGCCCAACUGACUGUAUUGUAGCUUCCUGUUACACACAAACACAUAGCAGCAGAAAUGUCACAGAGACGACUCUUCUGCCAGUUUCAGGCCCCGAAUUUAAUGAAAACUUUUUUAAUUCUGUUUCUCCUCAACUUGCAAGAUCUCAAAGGCCUGGAACUGGAGGUCAGUGCAGUGUUAGACUGAAGAAUAAGAGUAUGGAGAGUCUUCCUUUUGACCUAAACUGGACUUUGGAUACUUCAAGGUGGAAGGAGUCCUCUCUGGGCAACAACAGCGACAACUCAGUGAGAAAUGCAGAUGCAUUAGACUUGGGUUAUGGCAGCCUCAACUGGGCAUCCACUAGAACCCGAUCUCAUAAAGGAAUUAAAGAUGAACAGGAGAGGUCAGCAGACAAGCUUUGCUCACCUGCUCCUGAUCAGGUAGAAAUGCAAAUGAAAGUUGACUUUUUCCGCAAACUUGGCUACUCUUCCGAUGAAAUCCAAGCAGUCCUUCACAAUCUAGGGGGACAGGCGGAUACCAAUUCUGUACUUGGGGAACUGGUUAAACAUGGAGCAAAUUCAGAAAAAGAACCAAUUCCUGAUGAGUCUUCAGAAACCUUUUUGGUCUCUAGAGGUGUGUUGAGAAGCAUGUGUGCCCCUUCAGUCGCUUCAAAUGAAGAUAGCAAUGCCAACAACUUAAGGCCAAUUGUCAUUGAUGGCAGCAAUGUGGCAAUGAGUCAUGGGAAUAAAGAAGUAUUUUCAUGCCGUGGGAUUCUUCUGGCUGUCAACUUUUUCUUAGAAAGAGGACAUACAGAUAUUACCGUUUUUGUACCCUCAUGGAGAAAAGAGCAACCUCGGCCAGAAAUGCCUAUUACAGACCAACAUUUUCUUGGUGAGCUGGAAAAAAAGAAGAUUGUUGUUUUCACACCAUCUCGCCGGGUGGGAGGAAAACGUUUGGUGUGUUAUGAUGAUAGAUUCAUUGUUAAACUGGCCAUUCAAUGUGAUGGGGUUAUUGUGUCCAAUGACACUUACAGAGAUCUCCAGAGCGAGAAGGUCGAGUGGAAAAAAUUCAUAGAGGAGCGCUUACUUAUGUAUUCAUUCGUCAAUGACAUCUUUAUGCCACCAGAUGAUCCUUUGGGAAGACAUGGGCCAAAUUUGGACGACUUUCUCAGAAAAAAACCAUUAGGACUGGAAAACAAGAAAGUGCAGUGUCCUUAUGGUAAAAAAUGUACAUAUGGAAUCAAAUGUAAAUUUUAUCAUCCUGAAAGGAUCAACCAACUUCAGCGUUCUGUAGCGGAUGAGCUUCGUGAAAAUGCAAGGCUUUCCCCUACCAAAUCUGCACUUUACUUACCAGCAGAUGACAGAAAAUCUAGGCAGCUUUCCUUGGCAGAUGUUCCACCCAUAGACUCUGACAAUCCACCUUUGCAAAAGCUACCUGUUGAAAGGACAAGUUCAUUACAGAAGAGCAGAGUUGUGGACAACAUGGCAGCAAAGUUUUUCUAUAAUAGCCAGUCUGCCAGCAAAAAGGACUCACUUCUCCGUAACUCUUUUGAUUCUGGCAUCGAAGUGUGGGCCAGUGUAUCGAACAGUUAUUGUGAAAGUUCUCAUGACCCUGUAGUCUAUGGAAAAUACUGUAAUUGUCCUCAGCGACAUUGUUGUCAGCACAGACAUGAUUUGGACACUGAUGGAUGUCAACCCUAUAGCUGUCAAAAGUCUUUGCCACGCAGUCACAGUUCAGCACCUUAUUUCCCAUAUAAUGCAUCACCUCAAUGGCCACCCCACAAUACAUCACACCCAAUAUAUAGAGAAGUACCUAAAUCAGGCCAAAAUGGCAACCAUAGCCUUCCAAAUGACUAUAACACCCCUGCAACACACUCAAUUGAAUACUGGUCAGAGCCAAAUCCAAUCCCAUCUUCUAGUAGACAUCAAAGCAGUUACCCAGUUUAUCAACAAAUGCCACCUUCUGCUAAUGAUUUGCCUCAGUGGUCUAGCUCUGAUUCCUUUUCAGCUGAGCGAUCAAGUGUGCGCACCAGGCUGUGUGCAAUCUUCCAUCCCUCAUUAGUGGAUGCUGUUAUGAGAAAGUUCCCACAACAGUUGGAUCCACAAUGUUUAGCAGCUGAAAUAUUCACUUACAGGUCCCAACACAAUAUGUGAAACCAAAAUAUAUGGGUGUGAUUUCAACAGAAUUUAACAACAAAUGCUCUAUUCUAUGGAAUACCUUUUCUUAUUGUUUAGGAACAAGGGAUGACAGAGACUAAGGCUAUGGAUGGUUAUGAAAUUAUGACUGGAGAAUAAGUAGUCAUUGGUCAUUGGACAAAAGCACUACUAAUGGGUUGUAAUGGCAAUAUAUAAAAAGCAAAGUACCCUGGUGCAAGUUACACAUAACCUAUGGAUUGUAGCUCCAGUUAGAAUCAUCCCAGCAGUUCAACAUUCUAAUUGUAAUAUCCAUAUGGAAGUGUGAGAGCAGAUGAGAAAGAGAGAGUGAAGGCACCAAUAGGGUCAAUCAGCAAGAAGUAGAUGUUUUAGCAAAUACAAGGUAAUUCACCUGUGCCUUAAUAGUAGCCGUAAUGGUUGCAAAUAGCAUGAUAGGAAUAUAUUGUGAUAAGAGAGAACAAAAACAGAGCAAAAUGUCCUGUAGACUAAAGGAUAAGAGAGGAAAUACAGUUGAGCUAAAAGAAGUGAUAGAAGCAGGCAGAGAGAGAAGGAAAAGCAUGUAAUAUAAUAUUAAAAAUAUAGCAUACAGAGAUGGCCAAGAUUAUUACCUUAGACUAGAGUAAUGAAAGAAACGAAUGACACUGCCUUCAUGGCCUAUAUUUUUUUUAUUUUUGUUUUUUUUAAAAUGACCUACAAGAUCCAGGACAUAUUUAUGUUCUUGACAUUUCUACUUUCAAUGUGUUACUGUAUACAUGGGCUUGUUUCAGUGAUUUUGAGAUUACUUUCUCUAUUUUUCGCAUGAGUUAGAUCUCAGCUUUAUAUUUAAAACUGAAAUUAUACCUAAAAUCCAAAAAAAAUAUAUUUUGUCUCAUCUGAAGAAAAAAAAAAAUCAUGCAAGCAAACCGUUUUGGCACAGAUACAUUUAAUACGUUUCUUGGUCUAAAAGAGUUAAUUUGCUUAGAAGGGCUACAGUUCAGGCUUAAUGCCCUAACAAUAUUCUGUGUGUUUUCCACAGAGCACCUUGAAUGCUUAUUCUCACAGGUUUUAUCCCACUACAAACGAUUAUGUUUUAGCUAUCCUGUAUGUUUGUUCAGUAUUCAGUCCUGUUGCAUGUUUGAAUAAUGCAUGCAAUUACUGUUCAUGUAAUAUACUUUUCAAAUCUAAUUUUAGAGCAUAAAGUAUAAAUUGGUAUACUUUUCUUAUAUGCAAAUCAUCAUGCAAAGAAACAAUUGUCUUGGGGCAGUUGAUAAGUUGAUGCAUAUUGUAUCUAAAUGUUAAACUUCAGUACUUAAUGAUUACAUUAAUGAAGGGGAAAACAUGGACAAAUUCAACUAGUCGCAGUUAUGAGACAUUCAGCCAACGUUUGGAACAUUGUUUCAGUGCCAACACCCUUAUAUAAUUUAGAGGAUAUUAAACUCUGGCAUGAAAUGUUUAUUACUGUAUUAUUGUGUCCUCCCUGCCACUAAUGGUGAUCAUUAGAAUUGGUUGACUCGGCACUAUGUGCUACUUGGCCACCAAGGAGAAAAUCCUUCUGCAUUAUGUUAAUUACAAACAUUACCGAUUUGUAAUGUGUUAACUGAGUAAGCAAAACAUGCUUUUUAUUUUUAUUUUUUGUAUAUAACUUCAUUUAAUUAAAAUGCUGGUUUACUGGGUGAGUACAAGAUCAGAUAAUGCUCUGGUCAAGUAGUUAGACGUAAUGAAUACGUGAUGCAACCACUGAUAUGUUACUUCUGGAAGUGAUUGUCAAAUAAAUGUUAUGAAUUUUCUUAAA